GGCUCGCCGGCCCCGGGCGCGGGGAGCGGCGGAGCCCUCAGCCCGCCGGGUGCAUGGACAGGAGCUCCCUGCUGCAGCUCAUCCAGGAGCAGCUGGACCCUGAGAACACCGGCUUCAUCGGCGUGGAGACCUUCGCCAGCCUGGUGCACAGCCAUGAGCUGCCCCUGGACCCCGCCAAGCUCGACAUGCUGGUGGCCCUGGCUCAGGGCAACGACGAGGGCCAGGUCUGCUACCAGGAGCUGGUAGACCUGAUCAGCAGCAAGCGCUCCAGCAGCUUCAAGCGCGCCAUCGCCAACGGGCAGCGGGCGCUGCCCCGCGACGUCCUGCUGGACGAGACCGGCCUCGGCAUCUACAAACGCUUCGUCCGCUACGUGGCCUACGAGAUCCUGCCCUGCGAGAUGGACCGGCGCUGGUACUUCUACCAGCACCGCACCUGCCCCCCGCCCGUGUUCAUGGCCGCCGUCACCCUCACCCAGAUCAUCGUGUUCCUGUGCUACGGGGCCCGGCUGAACAAGUGGGUGCUGCAGACCUACCACCCCGAGUACAUGAAGAGCCCCCUGGUCUAUCACCCCGGGCACCGGGCGCGCGCCUGGCGCUUCCUCACCUACAUGUUCAUGCACGUGGGGCUGGAGCAGCUGGGGUUCAACGCCCUCCUGCAGCUGAUGAUCGGGGUGCCCCUGGAGAUGGUGCACGGCAUCCUGCGCAUCAGCUUCCUCUACCUGGCCGGGGUCCUGGCAGGCUCCCUCACCGUCUCCAUCACGGACAUGAGGGCGCCCCUGGUGGGGGGCUCGGGGGGCGUCUAUGCCCUCUGCUCUGCCCACCUCGCCAACGUUGUCAUGAACUGGGCCGGAAUGCGCGUUGCUCGGAUGGUGCUGGCGCUGGUGUGCAUGAGCUCCGAGGUCGGUCGCGCCGUCUGGCUCCGCUUCUCCCCGCCGCUGCCGGCCUCGGGCCCGCAGCCCAGCUUCAUGGCGCACCUGGCGGGGGCCAUCGUGGGCAUCAGCAUGGGGCUGACCAUCCUGCGCAGCUACGAGGAGAGCCUGCAGGACCAGUGCGGCUGGUGGGUGCUGCUGCUGUCCUACGGCACCUUCCUGCUCUUCGCCGUCUUCUGGAACAUCUUCGCCUACGACCUGCUGGGGGCACAGAUCCCCCCCGCCCUAGCCCGCCGCCCCCCGCCCCGACCCCGCGGCUGAUUUGGUUUCCGAGCCCCCCGGUGGAGGGGCUGGGGGGGUCCCCGCGCGUGACAUGGGGACAGGCCACCCCCCGCCCGCCUGUCCCCUCGGUGCUAGCGAUCGCGCCGCCCCCGCCCCGGGCUGCGCCCCCCAUGUCCCCUGCGCCCCCCGCCCCAGCCCCGUCCCCAAAGGAGCUUCAGCCCUGCCCCGGCACCGCCAACGCCCCCGGGGCGCCCGCAGGGCUCGGAACGCGCCCCUCGGGAGGGAGCCGGGCCAGCGGGACCCCCCCCCGGCUCCCGGACCCCCUUCCCAGGGUGGGGGCCGCUUGUUGCCCCCCAGGACCUGCACUUUCACACGAAGGACUG